AUGGAUGAGAUUAAAAGACUAGUAUGGAAAGGAACCUUAAAUGUUCAAAUCGAAAUAGACAAAUCAUUAAUUAUUGCAACAGAUAACAAUAAAUCUCUCUAUGUUAAUAUUAGAAUACCGAGAGAGACAUAUAUCUCAUUGUUUACAGAAUCAAUUUUACGUGGAGUGAAGGAUCAUCUCCGAAAAGAUCUAAGCGAAAUAAUAACCAAUGUAUGGUUUGAGUCAGAUGGUAAAUUAUUGCUCUGGAACAUACCGAUAGGAGCCUUAUAUGAUAUAACCUCAAACCUUAGAAUAGAAUCCAUGGAUAGUAUCUCUGAUAAAGACACAUUCAUUCAAAUAUGGAAGAUUAAGCUAGUGUAUGGAAAAGAGUUCCCUGCUAUGCAUAUUCCUAUCAUCAAUGGUGAUAGUCAGAUCCAAAAGUAUUGGAUGCAUCAAUGGAAACAGUCAUGUUUUAUACUGAAUGGCUCUUCCAAAAGAGUCAUGUCACUUCAUAUGAACGAUACGCAGUUAUUUUGGAAUUCUGUUCUUAAUAGAACCCCAGAUUCAUUUGAACAGAUCAGUUCGAAGGUUAUUCCUAAAUCUCCUAGAAAUAUUCCUGUUGUGUUACAUACGAAGGGGCAAACAGAUAGUCUGUAUCAUCCAGUGGUGCCAAACGUUAAUAAUGAAGGAAAAAAUACAACCUUGAGGCGACUACUUGAUGAUUUCUGUGAUUACAACAAGUUUGAAAAUGGAACAGUAGUAUCUCAAGGAAUAUGCUUACCAUUAGACCUCGAUCUUCAUUUCCUCUACUCAGUUUUUUUCAGCUGUGAUGGGUUUUUGCAUUUGACCAUUACAUAUUCCCAAGACUUCACACAUGAUAAAGGAUGUUAG